AAACACGGCAAAGAGGCAGAAGCAACCAUUACUCGUUCUUUUUCAUGUUCUUCACAGCGGUCAAAUCACCUCAGUGCUAUUGAUGAGUGAAUUAUAGAUAAUCAUUGGUAAUGACACAUGACAGGAGAGGCUGGCACGAGACGCCCGGGCCAAGCUAGACUUCCGAGUUCUGGCUAUUCUUUCAGCGGCUACUACACUUACAGAGUCUUGCUCAAAUCUAGGACAGCUCCGUCCAGAGAGCAGUAGAUUAUAGCGACUUGAGCCGAUUUCAGAGCUGAUUUUGGAGCUGACAAAUAUAGCCACGUCCAUCAGCUGGCUUGUCCGACUUGUACUCUGAACUCGCAUGCAAAACAUCCUCCAAUGCAACAUUGUCCAGGUUAGCAGCAGACAGCUAUCCAGGAACCCGGCAGUUGGCAGCUUGACAGGGCUCUUCGGCACGCCGCUGCGCCGGCACAACAAUGUUCCGCUCCACCAGUCGGCGAAACUCGGGUACCCCCGUCGCCUGCCAGCCUAGGCCGAGCCAGCCAGCAGUCGGUUUCCGCAUUGAGAGCUGUGCGUCUUGAGCAUCAAACCGCCCGAAAAAAACCUCCAAAAACCGUCUCGUCGAGUCGAUCCCGACGAGCCUCGCCCUUCUUUCCUCCCCUUCGCAUCUCUCUCCACUCAAUCCCCCUUUCCCAUCACAAUGUUCAACAUUGGCCGCAGCCGCGCGGCGGCGUCGGCCCUCAGCGCCGCAAAGCUGCACGUCACCCCCUCCGUUCGACUGCCUGGCGUCGCCCAGCAGCGAAGAGCCCUCAGCAUCCACGAGUACCUGUCCGCCGACCUGCUGAGAAAGUAUGGCGUUGGUGUUCCCCAGGGCGCCGUUGCCAAGACCGCCGCAGAGGCCAAGGCUGUGGCCAAGGACAUUGGCACUGGCGAUCUCGUCAUCAAGGCCCAGGUCCUUGCUGGUGGACGAGGCAAGGGAACCUUUGACAACGGCCUCAAGGGCGGUGUCCGCGUCAUCUACUCUCCCCACGAGGCCGAGAUGUUUGCCCAGCAGAUGAUUGGCCACAAGCUCAUCACCAAGCAGACCGGCGCCGACGGCCGUCUGUGCAAUGCUGUCUACAUUUGCGAGCGCAAGUUUGCUCGCCGCGAGUUCUAUCUGGCUAUCCUGAUGGACCGAGCCUCCCAGACCCCCGUCAUCGUCUCCUCCUCCCAGGGAGGUGUCGAUAUCGAGACUGUUGCCAAGGAGCAGCCCGAUGCCAUCACUACGACCUACAUCGACAUCAAGACGGGCGUUACCGACGAGAUUGCCCGCGGCAUCGCCACCGGCCUGGGCUUCAGCGAGCAGUGCAUCGAGGACGCCAAGGACACCAUCCAGAAGCUCUACAAGAUCUUCCUCGAGCGGGACGCUACCCAGAUCGAGAUCAACCCCCUGUCCGAGACCUCAGACCACCAGGUCCUCUGCAUGGAUGCCAAGUUUGGCUUCGAUGACAACGCCGACUACCGCCAGAAGGAGGUUUUCGAGUGGCGCGACACCACCCAGGAGGACCCCGAUGAGGUCCGUGCCGCUCAGUCCAACCUCAACUUCAUCAAGCUGGAUGGUGACAUUGGCUGCCUCGUCAACGGUGCCGGUCUGGCCAUGGCCACCAUGGACAUUAUCAAGCUGAACGGCGGCCAGCCCGCCAACUUCCUCGACGUCGGUGGUGGUGCUACACCCGCUGCCAUCAAGGAGGCCUUUGAGCUCAUCACCAGCGACUCCAAGGUCACCGCCGUCUUCGUCAACAUCUUUGGCGGUAUUGUCCGCUGCGACGCCAUCGCCAACGGUCUCAUCAAGACUGUCGAGACCCUCAACCUGAAGAUUCCCAUCAUUGCCCGUCUUCAGGGCACCAACGUCGAGCUUGCCCAUCAGAUCAUCAACGAGUCUGGUCUGAAGAUUUUCUCUAUUGAUGACCUGCAGAGCGCCGCCGAGAAGGCUGUGCAGCUGUCCAAGGUCGUCAAGUUGGCUCGCGAUAUUGAUGUUGGUGUUGAGUUCACCCUGGGUAUCUAGACGGUAACAGAGUCGUAAGACUGGAGGCAUGGAUUCCUUGUAAUGUCUGUUUUUGAAGGAGGGGCCGAUGGAAGCAAAUCAGCCAAUAGGCAAGGGGGGGUCCCGGAAAUGGUGCGGCGGUCAAGGCAUUUUGUUGCUUUUUCAAUAGCAUAUGUCGACGUAUUGUACGUUGUAGAUGAAGUAAAAGAAACGAAAAAAGAAACCCUUUUUAAUUCUGCCAAGCUGGAGCCAAGGGCGUGUUGAGCUGAGAAUCCGGGC